UACUUUCAUUCAAUUCUAACCAGAACAUAUAACAUAACUAAACAAAUCGAAUCUUUAAUAACUAUGAUCAAAUCAAUUAUUGUCCUUUGCCUUUUCUUAGCUGUUUCUUCAGCUCGAGAUAUCGUGCAUACAAAAUGUGACUCUACCUCCGGUACAAUUGAAUCGUUCGAUAUGGACCCUUGCGACUCUGAUAUUUGUAUUCUGAGGCCCAAUACGGAUGUUGUUUUUACCGGUCAAAUCAUCCCAACUAUUUCCGCUGAGAAACCGACUCUUUCCAUUCAGGUUAAAAUGGGAUAUUCUUAUAUUGAAUAUCCUGGUCUCUCGCAAGACGCUUGUGAAUACUUCGAAUGUCCAUUGAAGGCCAAUGUCGCAAACCACUUCAAAGUCGAGAUGGAAACUUUCGGCUGGUUUCCACCCAUGGUCACUGACAUGCGAUUCCACGUCUACGAAUCAGCCGAUGGUGAAGAAUUGGCCUGUGCUCAAUCAAAAAUUGAGAUCGCACCUUAUUAACUCAAUUAAUUAAACAGUGAACGUGACAUCACUGAUUAAUCGAACGCAUUAAUGCGAUCACAAAAAAUGAAAAGUAAAAUUAUUAAUAAAAGAGAAUAUAAUUUGUUUUGACUUGAUGAAAA